GAAUCAUCCCCUCCCGGUGGCUGCAUGGUCGUCCAUCCCUCCACUCAAGGCGACAGCGCUUUCUCUAGCAGGUGCAGUCCCCAGCGAGCCCCGGAUGACGGACCCUCGAAAGCCCCGCCCCCGCCCGGCGGCCGAGCCCACCUCCCCAGGCCGCGACUGCGCUCUGGGCCCCGCGCGCCCCGCCCCCACCCGCACCGCCGGGCUGCGAGCUUGCCGCCGCUCCCCACCAGGCCCAAGACGGCGAGAGGUGGAGUCACAGAGCCUGGGCAGUGGUCUCCAGGUGGGCUCUGGGGAGGAUGAAGCAGGCCCUGGUGGACGAUACUGAGGAUGUGUCCUUGGACUUCGGCAGCGAAGAGGAGCUGGCCUUUCCGAAAGCCAAGAUCAGGCACCCGUUGGCCACCUUUUUCCACCUGUUUUUCCGAGUGAGCGCCACCGUCACCUACGUGUGCUGUGACUGGUUCAGCAGAAGCUUUGGGGGCUGCUUCGUCACCGUGCUGCUCCUCCUGUCCUGUGACUUCUGGUCCGUGAAGAAUGUCACCGGCAGCCUCCUGGUGGGCCUCCGCUGGCGGAACCAGAUAGACGAAGACGGGAAGAGCCACUGGAUCUUCGAGGCCAGAAAGGCCCUCGUGACAGCCGGCAUCUCUCUCCAAGCUGCUAACCUCUAUGGCUACGUCCUUUGCAAGAUGGGAGGCGAGAGGGACAUCAGCAAAGUCACAGCCGGUUUUCUGUCCCACACGGUGCUCCCAACGGUGAGUGGUCUUCCUCCUGGCCCCGCCCUCCGGGCGCUGGCGGUGAACAAGGCCAAUGGCAAAUGGCUGCCCUGUCCGGACCACACACACAACAAUACUACACCAAACCAUUUUUUAACUUCGCUUGUAUUUCUAGAAGGGAGAGUGCGCUUUCAAAUUGGGUAAGGUUCAUCUUCAAGUGGAUUGAACCGUCUUAAAACCUGACCAGUGCUGCUUUAUGCCAAGACGUUGAGCAACGGGCUCUGUGGGCUUUUGGUUCCAUUGUGGGUUUGCUCUGGCCCCUGAAUCAGCAGAAUCGGGCCCCUCACAUGUGAGGACAAAGCCACAGCUGACUUUUCCCCUCACAGGCCAGCCCGAGGGACUUCCAGAAGCCUGGCCCCGCGGGGCUGGAGAUGCACAAGCAUUAGGUAAGAGGUCGGACCCAGGGGGCCAGCCUGCAGCCUCGGGGGUUUGCCAAGCCUGCCCUUACCCUGUGCUCACGAGGAACAUGUACGAAAGCCGCCCUACGAGCAGGCCUGAAGGGAGGGGCAGGAACUGAGAGAGGGGGAGGGAGAGAACAGGGGUUUGCCUGUCUGUCCAUGUGUGUGCGGACCGCCCUGGAAACCUUCCCCUGGUGGCGUCGUUCCUGCCCCGCUCCCGGCCACGAGAGGACUCUCGAGUUGACAUCAGUCUCUGCUUUCAUGGACUUGGAAAGAGACCCUGUCCUGUACUGGAGGACGCCGGACGUGACUGCGUCCAGUGCACACAUGCCCCCGGCCCCCCGUUCUGUUUACAGGGUGAUUUAGGGCUUUUCAAGGGCUUGGGGGACUAUUUUCAUUUCUCCCUCCUUCACAAGGAGCAGCAUUUGGACGAGGCUGUUUGAAACCAUGACUGGAUUUUGCAAUGAGGCCACACAUCCAUCCCUGUGGUUCCUUUUCAGGCUUCACUUCUGCGGCGACAGCGGCCUAAGUGAGAAGUCCUAUAACUGAACAAGCUUCCGUUGGAGCAGAAUCCCCCGAGCAGCAAGCUGCUGGCUUCUCACCGGACGCAGGCCUCGGGGGACAGGUUUGAGGAGGUUUUUAAUUUUUUAAGACCACGUAUUGGUAAAGAAAGCCUUUCUGUAUGUCAAAGUAUACAAACAUUAGGAUUAAAGCAUCUCUAAAAAAUGA